GUGCAGCUGUGCAGCGAUGAUGAAAUCCGUGGUAGCGAUGCGCUAGAAGCCGCGACUUGAAACGCGACGAGCUUUGCGGCGGUGGAGCUCGGCGCGGGCUGCUGUUUCAGAGGGAUAGACCGGCUUGGAUGACGCUCAGUUCUCGUGACUUGUUCGAGUCAGGUGGCGGAUGAGGCCGUGUCGAUCGUGAGUAUGGAGGCAUGACGACUUGCGUUGGCGAUUACUUGACAACUCUGCAAAUGGAGAUAAGACCUUGGCUGCUUCGACGCGACGCACAUUCUCUUGGUCUCUUGUACAUGGAAAUCACGACGAUGCUCGACGCGUUUCGACGGACUUCUUCAGAUGCGGAAUGGAGGAUGUCCGCUCAACAGAAGUCGCUUGUCUCGCACCACAAUGGACUGCUGGCCUCCAUCUCCAAGUCAGUCCUGCCUACCUUGUGCAGUACAGGAUCGCAGCAUGACCCAUGGCGCCUUGGCUCUGCACGUGCUGUCCACAUCCAGCCCAGGCCAGAACUGUGUAUCUCUCGAUGCCGAAUGUCGCCACGGUCACUCAUAUGGUCACGUCCUGUCCGUUGCAAUGAUCAGGCAGAUCAGCAAGGCAGUCACGUCGAUCGGCGUCUCAUUGGCCACGCCCCUCACCCUCCGCCUUCCCCUGCCCGCGCCUCCAAACUCUAAAACCCACCGACAGCCGGGCGCGUAGCUAGCCAAUCCGCACCUCACCACACCCAACCCUCCUCCUCCCACAUCACGCUGCUCUGCAG